AUGACGUAUAAUUGCACAGCCAAAAAUGCUGCUGGUAAAGCAACUAAAACAUUGAUGGUAUUUCAGACUGAAAAACCUGAAGAAAUUUCAGACCAGAAUUCAUCGGCUAUUCCAAUCGUUGCUCCAGUUAGCGUACUAUCGAUGAUCAUUUUAACAUUCUUGUGCUUGGUGAUGUACAAAAGGAAGAAGCUUUAUGGCGGACUUUACCUUUUCUCGCAUCCACCCUUACUGGAUUCCAUGGAGACGAUUCCAUCGCCCUUUUUUCCUGAGUGGGAAUUUCCAAGAGAAAAAAUAAAGUUUGUCCGUCAACUUGGUGCUGGACAGUUUGGCGUUGUUUGGUUGGCUGAAGCAACUGGUAUAUCUUUAUUUCAUCCAAGAGAAACAUUGCGAGAAAAGCAGGGAAAGAAAAUGUUCUUCUUCUUUAAUCGGACGCGCAGAAAAGCUAAUUUCACCAAUUGCAAGGAAAUAAAUAAUGUUGCAGUGAAACAAGUCAAAGCAGAUUAUGUUGAAUCAAGUGUUGCUGAUAUAAAAGAUGAGUUACAGAUCUUAAUUCAUGUUGGUGAACACGAAAACAUCGUGAAUAUACUAGGCGCAUGUACGAAAGGCAAAAGUUCCAACCUGUGGAUCAUUUUGGAAUACUGUCCGCAUGGAAAUCUGAAAGAACUAUUGAGGCAAAGCAGAGAUAGAUACAGAUUGGAAGAGGAUUUGUUGGUAAAAGAUCUCUCGCAAAAUUUUGGUCCGAAAAAUUUGAUGUGUUUCGCUUUACAAAUCGCAAAAGGAAUGGAAUUUUUAGUUUCGCGAAAGAUAAUUCAUCGAGACCUUGCGGCACGAAAUAUCCUGAUUGGAAAUGAAUAUGUGGCAAAAGUUGCUGACUUUGGAUUGGCAAGAAAUGUGGACAAGUACCAAAUUUACAUUAAAAAAUCGACGGGAAUGGUUCCAGUAAAAUGGUUGGCUAUCGAGUCUAUUGAAGAUGCAAUAUUCACAGAAAAGUCCGACGUGUGGUCAUUUGGUGUUUUACUCUGGGAAAUUUUUGCAUUAGGUGGUAAUCCGUACCCUGGAGUGCAUAUUAACGAUUUCUACCUGUAUUUAUUGAAUGGAAACAGAAUGCAACCACCAAUUCAUUGUCCACCGAAGAUCUUCGAUAUCAUGUCGCUGUGUUGGAAAGAGAAUCCUAUUGACCGUCCAAAUUUCUGCAAUCUAAUAAAACUUCUGGGAGAAAAUCUUGGAUUUAUUGACGAAAUGCAGGAGACAAUCUCUGACAAUGGUGGAAACGCCGUGACCAGCUGCUGAAUACAAGACAUAAUUAUCCUAGAAAUAGCGUGGUCGGCUUGACAAAUUAGUUCUGCUAAUCCUAAAAUUAUAAUAAUAAC